CAAGAGAAAAAAAGAGAGAGAAACAUACGAAACCAAAAUGAGCGAGUGAUAGUGACAUACUCACAAGCAUACUUAGUUUUCAAUGAGGAACCUGACGACAUUUUGCAUCUGGAGUACGUUUGGCGAUACGAGCCUGGGGGACAACGUCAAGCACCGGGCAUGAACUCACAGACCAGGGCCUGCAGUCGGAGGAGGAGUGGAGACUGAACAGAGCGUCAGUAAAGCUCAUCUGCUUCAUCAGGAUGGGCUGCGCUUGUAGUGGCCAGAAACAAGUAAGCGAGGGCGAGUUCUACAAAAGGAAACACAACUCUCAGGCCUCCAACUCUCUGAAUCACACAGCACCAAGUGGAAAGACCAAUUUGGAUAAUGACGACGCCCUGUUUGUGGCACAACACGACUUCAAGGCGAACGACAACAGUCAUCUGCCGUUCAAGAAGGGAGACAAACUCAAGGUUUUGCAAGAAAUUGGGGAAUGGUGGCUGGCUAAAUCGUUUGCGACGGGACAGGAGGGAUUCAUACCAUGCAAUUAUGUCGCCAGAGUCGAUACGCUGGAGGUGGAAAACUGGUUUUUCAAGAGCUUGAGUCGGCGAGAGACUGAACGACUGCUUUUGGCGCCCGGAAAUAAACCGGGCGCCUUUCUUGUUCGAGAGAGUGAGAGCUGUAAAGGGUCCUACUCGCUGUCGGUCAGAGAUCAUGUGUCCGGACAAGGAGAAAUGGUAAAACACUACAAGAUCCGCCUCCUGGACAAAGGUGGUUUCUACAUUUCUCCUUCCACCACGUUCCCAUCAUUACAGGAACUGAUCACGUACUACAUUUGUACAGCUGACGGUCUGUGUCGGCGACUCUACGCUCCCUGUAAGCCCAAAGCGCCCCAGCUGCCGUGGGCACAAGACGAGUGGGAGAUUCCCAGGGAGACGCUGAAAAUGGAGAAGAAACUGGGAGCCGGGCAGUUUGGAGAAGUGUGGAUGGGUUACUACAAGACCACCCAGAAGGUUGCUAUCAAGACCCUAAAGGAGGGCAUGAUGGAGCCUGAGGCCUUCCUCCAAGAGGCCAACCUCAUGAAGCAGCUGCAGCAUGAACGCCUGGUGCGCCUCCACGCCGUGGUCACAAAGGAGCCCAUCCUCAUCGUCACUGAGUUCAUGAUCAAUGGAUGUCUCCUGGACUUUCUAAAAACAGACGAGGGAAGGAAGCUAACGCUCAAUAAGCUGAUAGACAUGUCAGCACAGAUAGCUGAAGGCAUGGCAUUCAUCGAGAAGAAGAAAUACAUCCACAGAGACCUGCGCGCGGCCAACAUACUGGUCAGUGAGACCCUGCACUGCAAGAUAGCGGACUUUGGCCUGGCCAGGAUCAUUGAUUCAGAAUACACAGCUCAAGAAGGCGCUAAAUUUCCCAUCAAAUGGACGGCUCCGGAGGCCAUCAAUUUUGGCACAUUCAGCAUCAAGUCGGAUGUCUGGUCCUUUGGGAUCCUCCUGACAGAAAUGGUUACCUAUGGAAGAAUACCCUACCCAGGGAUGACCAACCCGGAGGUGAUCAGGAGCCUGGACAGAAUGUACAGGAUGCUGUGCCCGGAGGGCUGUCCCGAGGAACUCUACGACAUCAUGAUGAUGUGCUGGAGAGAGAGGCCUGACGACCGGCCGACAUUUGAAUUCCUGCAGAACACUCUUAACGACUUCUUUAUCGCCACGGAGGGACAGUAUGAGAUGCAGCCAUGAUGAAAGACAAAGAAAAUGCUUCCUGCUGAUAACCCAAAGAGAGAAAUGAGACUUGAAUGGAUGGAUGGACCUAACAUCUUUCUGGCGGAUACAUUUAAAAAAAAAAAAAAUCGAAUGGACACAUCUUCUUAUGAGUGAAAAUAAAAGCUACUUCUUCGUGGCUUCUUUGAGCUCCAGCAGCUACUGUUCGAGCAUCUGAGCACAUGUAAAAGUCAGAAAGAAAACAUUCAGAACAUGUUUUAGCAUUGUUACUGUACUCCUUAUUAAUGUCUCCCAUUCUUGUUAAAGGUCAUUGAGACAUGAGAAGACACAAUUGAGACUGAUAAACAAUGGACAAACAGAAAUAUGGAAAUACAAAUACAAUACAUGCAUCUUGUAAUAAGGCAUUUGGAGCCAGGGAAGUUGGGUAAAACCCGAGAUUAGGUAUUUGCAUGGUAUAGAAAUGAGCAGCCCGAGAUAACAUGCACAAUACUUUGCACUUUUUAUUCCUUCAGUCAUUCAGUGAAUAUAUAGAGAAAGAAAAAGAUAAUUUAUAUUUGGAUAACUGGUUCUCUAAAUAAAAUAUUUACAUUUCUUA